AGCUGUUUGCGGACAAAGUUCCAAAGACGGCAGAAAACUUUCGUGCUCUGAGCACUGGGGAGAAAGGAUUUGGUUAUGAAGGUUCCUCCUUUCACAGAAUUAUUCCAGGAUUUAUGUGCCAGGGUGGUGACUUCACACGCCAUGAUGGCCCAGGCGGCAAGCCCAUCUAUGGGGAGAAAUUUGAUGAUGAGAAUUUCAUCCUGAAGCACACGGGUCCUGGCAUCUUGUCCAUGGCAAAUGCUGGGCCCAACACAAAUGGAUCCCAGGUUCUCAUCUGCACUGCCAAGACUGAGUGGUUGGAUGGCAAGCACGUGGUCCUCGGCCAGGUGAAAGACGGCACGGAUGUUGUGACAGCCAUGGAGAGCUUUGGGUCCAGGAAUGGCAAGACCAGCAAGAAGAUCACCAUCGCUGACUGUGGACAACUCUCAGCGAUGGUGACUUGUGUUUUAUCUUAACUACCAGACCAUUCCUUCUGUAGCUCAGGAGAGCCACCCCUUCGCGCCCAUCUGCUUGGAAUGUCUAUAAUAUUCACGCUCUUGCCGCAGUUCGUUGAGUUCCAUGUUUUCUUCACUCUUUGCAAGUCUAGCUGGAUUGCAGAGUUAAGUUUAUGAAUAUGAAAUAAAAACUAAAAAAUUGUCAAACAACAACAAAAAAAGCAAUUAAAAAAAGGUGUCAGCUAGGGCUGCAGUUAUCUGAAGACUGGAAAGUCUGCUUCCAAGAGCGUUCUGAACACUCACUUCCAAGGAUCUUCCCAGACUCACUCAUAUGGCUGAAUGUUGGUGCUGGUGUUGAUAAGAGGCCUCAAUUCCUCCCCACACAGGGUCCUUUCCCCUGAGUGAUCCAAGAGAGGUGAAGACAGAAGCUGCAAUGUUUUUCAUAACUGAAACUCAAAGUCACACACUGUCACUUUUGGAGCACAGGAGUCUCCCCUUAUCUGCAGGAGAUACCUUUCAAGAACCCCGGUACAUGACUAACCCACCACUAAACCACUGUUUCUAGUGGUUUGCAUACUCUGGACAUUCCAUAAAAAUAGAAUUAUACAAAAUGUAGUCU